AUGUCCACCAAGGUUGCAACAAAGAAGGCGCAGGAUUCCAUCUCUCUCACGCUCACCCUAGUUGUUAAGUCAGGCAAAUACACCCUUGGGACUGAUCAGGCUAUAAGGAAUAUACGAGACGGAAAGGCACAGCUGGUCUUCAUGGCCAACAACUGUCCACCUUUGGUAAAGUCUCAGGUUGACUACCUUUGUCACCUAUCGAAGACCCCUGUCCGUGUCUUUGCUGGAUCUUCCCGUGAGUUAGGAAUAGCCGUUGGUAGACAGUUCAAUGUUUCUAUCAUGACUAUUCUCGAAGCGGGGGAUGCUGAUCUCACGAGCAUCCUCGGUUAA